AUGUCAGUAGAAGCUUAUGACGAUGACGAAUUCCCCACAUGUGUAGUGCAUAUCCUUCCUAUUAAAACUGCCGAAAUCAAUCCUGUAUUUGUUUGGAUCCCCGGAAACCCAGGCAUUCUGGAAUAUUAUCAAGAAAUGCUAAUUAAUCUUCAUGAAAAGCAUCCCACGUGGGAAAUAUUAGCUAUUUCACAUAUAGGAAUGAACACCAAGACUACUUCUCUAUUUAAGGGGAGCCACCAAGAUAAUUCUAGAGUGUUCACCUUAAAGGAACAAAUUCAACAUAAGAUUAAAAUUAUUAAUAAUUUUGUCAAGGACUCGAAUGUUCCAAUUUACAUAUCAGGCCAUUCAGUUGGCGCAUACAUGGUACAGAAAAUUGUUGCCAGUGAUGAAUUGAUUGGACAGGUGCUUAAGAUGGGGUUGAUUACACCGACGAUUAUUGAUAUUCAUUUAUCAGAGAAGGGAAAAUCGAUGACAAGAUAUGCCAGAUGGAGUUGUCGACAAUUACCUCAUAUUUUGUCAUUUCUAUGUUAUAUUGUCUUUGGGUGGCUGGUACCCGGUAUACUAAGAAGCUAUAUCAUUGGCUAUGUCAUGGGUUGUCAUCAUGAUAGUCAAGCUGCUAUCAGUACGGAGCUUUUCCUGACGGGUCCAAACUUUGUGAGACAAUCUCUCGGGUUAGCUCAAGAAGAAAUGGACACGAUUCACGAUGAUUGGCAGUUCCAGGCUGAGUUGAUAGAAUAUUGUCUCAAGAAUAGUAUCAAGAUACAAUUUUUGUUCAGUGCGACCGACCAUUGGGUCCGCGAAGCAACAAGAAAGGAAAUAAUCCAAUUUUACCAGGAACGUUGCAAGGGAGCAAAGGCUUUGCUCAAGAUUGAUGUCUCUGACCAAUUCCCUCAUUCGUUUGUUGUUAGACGGUCCAAGUACGUUGUAGAGCAUUAUUUUUAG